GCGGGCGGCGGCCGGCGGGAGGCGGGCGGCGGGAGGCGGGCCCUCGCUCCGCGGCCGGCCUGGGCGCUGCGGGCUGAGGAGACGCGGCGAGCCCGGGCGGGCGAAGGGCGCGCGCGACACCCCACUUGACGGCCGGCGGCGCCCGCGGGCCUCGGCAUGCUCCGCGCGGCCCGGGCUGUCCUCCCGCCCGUGGGCUGAGGCGGCGGCGGCGCGAGGCAGCGACAUGCCCCUGCCGGGCGCGGCGUAGAGGACGCGGCAGGCGGCGAGUCCCGGCCGCCCGCGCGGGGGCUUCUCCCCCGGCCGCCGCCCCCGGCGCCGCGGGCCCGCGCGGGCGCGGCGGGUGGGCGCCCCGACAUGGCGGCCCGGAGCGCCCCGAGCUGCCACCUGCGGCUCGAGUGGGUGUACGGCUACCGGGGCCACCAGUGCCGCAACAACCUCUACUACACGGCGGCCAAGGAGAUCGUGUACUUCGUGGCGGGCGUCGGCGUGGUGUACAGCCCGCGCGAGCACCGGCAGAAGUUCUACCGCGGCCACAGCGACGACAUCAUCAGCCUUGCUUUGCAUCCUGAGCGAGUAUUGGUAGCAACAGGACAAGUUGGGAAAGAGCCUUAUAUCUGUGUUUGGGAUUCAUACACUGUACAGACCAUAUCAGUUCUAAAGGAUGUUCAUACACAUGGUAUAGCUUGCUUAGCAUUUGACCUAGAUGGACAGCGCUUGGUUUCAGUUGGACUUGAUUCAAAGAAUGCUGUUUGUGUUUGGGAUUGGAAAAGGGGCAAAAUGUUGUCUAUGGCUCCUGGUCACACCGAUAGAAUAUUUGAUAUUUCUUGGGAUUUGUACCAGCCAAAUAAACUUGUCAGCUGUGGUGUAAAACAUAUCAAGUUCUGGAAUUUGUGUGGAAAUGCUCUGACUCCAAAACGAGGUGUCUUUGGUAAGACUGGUGACCUUCAGACAAUAUUGUGCCUGGCCUGUGCAAGGGAUGAAUUAACAUAUUCUGGUGCACUCAAUGGGGAUAUAUAUGUUUGGAAAGGAAUCAAUCUUAUACGAACAAUACAGGGAGCUCAUACUGCAGGAAUCUUUAGCAUGAAUGCAUGUGAAGAAGGCUUUGCUACUGGUGGCAGAGAUGGUUGUAUUCGUCUUUGGGAUUUAACUUUUAAACCAAUUACUGUGAUUGACCUCAGGGAAACAGACCAGGGAUACAAAGGUUUGUCUGUGAGAAGUGUUUGUUGGCGAGGUGACCACAUUCUAGUUGGAACACAGGACAGCGAAAUUUUUGAAAUUGUGGUGCAUGAAAGAAAUAAACCUUUCCUAAUUAUGCAAGGGCAUUGUGAAGGUGAACUUUGGGCACUUGCUGUCCAUCCUACUAAGCCCUUGGCGGUGACUGGAAGUGAUGACCGUUCAGUCAGGAUAUGGAGCCUAGUAGACCAUGCACUAAUAGCAAGGUGUAACAUGGAAGAACCAAUCCGUUGUGCAGCUGUGAAUGUAGAUGGAAUCCACCUUGCCCUUGGAAUGAAGGAUGGCUCAUUCACUGUACUUAGAGUAAGAGAUAUGACAGAAGUUGUACAUAUUAAAGAUAGGAAGGAAGCAAUUCAUGAGUUAAAAUAUUCACCAGAUGGAACAUACCUUGCUGUUGGAUGUAAUGACAGUUCAGUUGAUAUUUAUGGAGUUGCUCAGCGUUAUAAAAAAUUGGGGGAAUGUGUUGGAUCACUUAGUUUCAUCACUCAUCUGGACUGGUCCUCAGAUAGUAGAUAUUUACAAACAAAUGAUGGACAUGGUAAAAGACUUUUUUAUAGGAUGCCAGGAGGAAAAGAAGUGACAAAUAAAGAAGAAAUAAAAUGUGUUCAUUGGGCUUCAUGGACGUGUGUUUCAGGCCUUGAAGUAAAUGGAAUCUGGCCCAAGUAUUCAGAUAUCAAUGACAUAAAUUCAGUCGAUGGAAACUAUGUUGGCCAAGUUUUAGUUACAGCUGAUGACUAUGGAAUUGUAAAGUUAUUCCGAUAUCCUUGUUUAAGGAAAGGGGCCAAGUUUAAAAAAUAUAUUGGCCAUUCAGCUCAUGUAACUAAUGUCAGAUGGUCACAUGAUUAUCAAUGGGUUAUUUCUAUUGGUGGAGCAGAUCACUCUGUCUUUCAGUGGAAAUUUAUUCCUGAAAGAAAACUAAAAGAUGCUCUUCACAUAGCACCCCAAGAAAGUUUGGCUGACUCUAAUAGUGAUGAAUCAGAUUCAGAUCUGUCUGAUGUUCCAGAACUAGAUUCUGAAAUUGAGCAAGAGACACAGCUUACCUACCGUCGGCAGGUUUACAAAGAAGAUCUACCUCAGCUUAAAGAACAAUGCAAAGAGAAACAGAAAGGUGGUACUUCUAAAAGAAAAGAACAGGCUCCAGGAAAUAGUAUUCGAUUACACUUUGUUCACGGUUACAGAGGUUAUGAUUGUCGAAGUAACCUGUUUUAUACUCAAAUUGGUGAAAUUGUGUACCAUGUGGCAGCAGUGGGUGUCAUUUAUAAUCGACAACAGAACACACAGCGCUUUUACCUGGGGCAUGAUGAUGAUAUUCUCUGCCUAGCUAUUCAUCCUUUGAAAGACUACGUGGCAACAGGCCAGGUAGGUAGGGACCCCUCAAUUCACAUAUGGGAUACAGAGACCAUUAAACCCUUGUCAAUAUUAAAAGGGUAUCACCAAUAUGGUGUCUGUGCUGUUGACUUCUCAGCGGAUGGGAAACGUCUGGCUUCAGUUGGAAUAGAUGAGAGCCACAGUAUUGUCCUGUGGGACUGGAAGAAAGGAGAGAAACUUUCAAUAGCAAGAGGAAGUAAAGAUAAGAUUUUUGUUGUAAAGAUGAACCCUUAUGUGCCUGAUAAAUUAAUUACAGUUGGAAUUAAACAUAUGAAAUUCUGGCGCAGAGCAGGGGGAGGAUUGAUUGGAAGAAAAGGCUAUAUAGGCACACUGGGGAAAAAUGACACAAUGAUGUGUGCAGUGUAUGGAUGGACUGAAGAGAUGGCUUUUUCUGGAACAUCCACAGGAGACGUGUGUAUAUGGAGAGAUGUCUUUCUUGUAAAAACAGUUAAGGCACAUGAUGGGCCAGUGUUCAGUAUGCAUGCAUUGGAAAAAGGAUUCGUAACUGGAGGAAAAGAUGGUAUAGUUGCUCUUUGGGAUGACUCCUUUGAAAGAUGUCUCAAGACCUAUGCUAUAAAACGAGCUGCUUUGGCCCCAGGAUCUAAAGGCCUUCUCUUGGAAGAUAACCCAUCUAUACGUGCCAUAUCAUUAGGACAUGGGCAUAUUUUAGUUGGCACAAAGAAUGGUGAAAUAUUAGAAGUAGAUAAAAGUGGCCCAAUAACACUUCUGGUUCAGGGACACAUGGAAGGAGAGGUUUGGGGUUUGGCUACACAUCCUUAUCUGCCCAUCUGUGCUACUGUAAGUGACGAUAAAACCUUAAGAAUAUGGGAUCUCUCUCCCAGUCAUUGUAUGUUGGCUGUCCGGAAACUGAAAAAGGGUGGGAGAUGUUGCUGUUUUUCUCCUGAUGGUAAAGCUUUAGCUGUAGGGCUCAAUGAUGGAAGUUUCUUAAUGGCAAAUGCAGAUACUUUAGAGGACCUUGUAUCUUUUCACCACAGAAAAGAUAUUAUCUCAGAUAUUCGAUUUUCACCAGGUUCUGGGAAAUACCUUGCUGUUGCAUCCCAUGACAACUUUAUAGAUAUAUAUAAUGUGCAGAGUAGUAAACGAGUAGGAAUAUGCAAAGGCGCUACAAGUUAUAUAACCCAUAUUGACUGGGAUAUUAGAGGAAAGCUCUUACAGGUCAACACAGGUGCUAAAGAACAGUUGUUCUUUGAAGCUCCUAGAGGGAAAAAACAAACCAUCCCCAGUGUGGAGGUAGAAAAAAUUGGUUGGGCAUCAUGGACAGGUGUACUUGGCUUAUGCAGUGAGGGAAUUUGGCCAGUAAUUGGAGAAGUCACAGAUGUAACUGCCUCUUGCCUCACCAGUGACAAAAUGGUUCUAGCUACUGGAGAUGAUUUGGGAUUUGUGAAAUUAUUUAGAUAUCCUGCUAAAGGAAAAUUUGGGAAGUGUAAGAGGUAUGUGGCCCACAGUACACAUGUCACAAAUGUUCGCUGGACUUACGAUGACAGCAUGUUGGUCACCUUAGGAGGAGCAGAUAUGUCAUUAAUGGUUUGGACAAAUGAAAUGGAGGGCUACCGAGAAAAAAAGCCUUGUGAUAGUGAAGAAUCUGAUAUAGAUUCUGAAGAAGAUGGGGGCUAUGACAGUGAUGUUACAAGGGAGAAUGAAAUCAGUUACACCAUCAGAGCCUUAUCAACCAAUAUUCGCCCAAUGUUUGGAAUCAAGCCUCAUUUGCAACAAAAAGAACCCUCAGUUGAUGAGAGGCAGGGCAUAGUAAGGCCCCCUGUGAGCAGGGCCCCACCACAGCCAGAGAAACUCCAAACAAACAAUGUUGGCAAGAAAAAGAGACCUAUAGAGGACCUUGUAUUGGAGCUUGUUUUUGGCUAUCGAGGCAGAGACUGUAGGAAUAAUGUUCACUAUUUAAAUGAUGGUGAUGACAUCAUUUACCACACUGCAUCUAUUGGAGUUCUGCACAAUGUUGCUACAGGGACUCAGAGUUUUUAUCAGGAACAUAAUGAUGAUAUUCUGUGCCUCACUGUAAAUCAGCACCCCAAAUUUAUCAACAUUGUGGCAACUGGCCAAGUAGGUGAUUCUGCAGACAUGUCAGCUACAGCCCCUUCUAUCCAUAUAUGGGAUGCUAUGAAUAAACAGACUUUAUCUGUACUGAGAUGCUACCAUUCAAAGGGAGUGUGUUCAGUCAGCUUCAGUGCCACUGGCAAACUUUUGCUGUCUGUGGGACUAGAUCCAGAACAUACUAUCACUAUUUGGAGGUGGCAGGAAGGUGCCAAAAUUGCCAGCAGGGCUGGGCACAACCAACGCAUUUUUCUGGCAGAAUUCCGACCAGAUUCAGAUUCCCAAUUUGUCUCUGUGGGAGUAAAACAUGUCAAGUUCUGGACACUGGCAGGAAGGGCUCUUCUUAGCAAAAAGGGACUACUGAGCACACUGGAAGAUGCCAGGAUGCAGACCAUGCUUGCUGUUGCAUUUGGUGCAAAUAACUUGACGUUUACAGGUUCCAUCAGUGGAGAUGUGUGUGUGUGGAAAGGGCACGUACUGUGUAGGAUAGUGGCCAGAGCUCACAACGGGCCAGUGUUUGCCAUGUACACCACCCUGCGAGACGGACUUAUUGUGACUGGUGGCAAGGAAAGGCCGUCAAAAGAAGGAGGAGCAGUCAAACUGUGGGAUCAGGAACUGAGGCGAUGCCGCGCCUUCAAGCUUGAGACGGGACAAGUCACUGACUGUGUCCGUUCUGUGUGCAGAGGCAAAGGCAAGAUAUUAGUUGGGACAAGGAAUGCUGAAAUAAUUGAAGUUGGAGAGAAAAAUGCAGCAUGUAAUAUUCUAGUUAAUGGGCAUGUGGAUGGACCCAUAUGGGGACUAGCGACACAUCCUUCAAGGGAUUUUUUCCUUUCUGCUGCAGAAGACGGAACAGUGAGACUCUGGGAUAUUGCUGAUAAAAAGAUGUUAAACAAAGUGAAUCUGGGACAUGCUGCUCGUACUGUGUGUUACAGCCCUGAAGGGGACUUGGUGGCUAUUGGAAUGAAAAAUGGAGAAUUUAUCAUUUUACUGGUGAGCUCUCUAAAAAUAUGGGGAAAGAAGAGAGAUAGACGAUGUGCAAUCCAUGAUAUAAGAUUUAGUCCAGAUUCCCGGUUUCUGGCAGUGGGUUCUAGUGAGAACUCAGUGGAUUUUUAUGACCUAACGCUGGGUCCAGCCCUUAACAGAAUCAGCUACUGCAAAGACAUUCCAAGUUUUGUCAUUCAGAUGGACUUUUCAGCAGAUAGCAGAUACCUCCAGGUCUCCACUGGUUGCUAUAAACGGCAUGUCUAUGAAGUGCCUUCUGGAAAACAUCUUCUGGAUCAGGCUGCCAUUGACAGAAUUACUUGGGCUACAUGGACUAGUAUUCUGGGAGAUGAAGUGAUGGGAAUCUGGUCCAGACACACUGAGAAAGCCGAUGUCAACUGUGCCUGUGUAUCUCAUUCAGGAAUAAGCCUUGUAACAGGAGAUGACUUUGGCAUGGUUAAAUUAUUUGACUUCCCAUGUCCUGAAAAAUUUGCAAAGCACAAAAGGUUCUUGGGUCAUUCACCCCAUGUGACAAAUAUUCGAUUUACCAGUGGUGAUCGACAUGUUGUUAGCGCUGGAGGUGAUGACUGCAGGUUGGUGACUUUCCUAGGCCAAGAACUAUUUGUUUGUCUGGAAAUGUGUACACACGCCUCACUAAAAGAUUCGGCUGCUGAGAAGACUACACAAAUUAACAGCCUUUGACAGAUCAGAAUUACAGAAGAGGGGGAAAAAAAAACAGAAUCAAACCUUGCAUGGUGAAGUGGUGCUAACCUAAGAUUAACAGGGAUAAAUGCCCAGAAUCAUCAAAAUAUGUGUUCAAAAUAUUUGCUAUAUGCAUUGGAGUAACUGUGCAUAAUCCAUACACUGCCACAUAAUUAUAUUCCAAGGAAGGAUUGGGUGAAUACUUGAUGGUGAAAGCCAUCCCCCCAUUUCUGGGGAAUGUGCAAAUUUGGGCAGGCUUGAUGGGGAGGUUUAAGGGACAACACUCCUCAAGAAACCAAAACCUUAAAAACCCAACUUAGAUAAUUAUCUUUUUAGCAAAACUUUUUUUUUUUGCAAUUGAUGUUUUAUUUUCACAGUUCAUGCUUAAUGAAGUAUCUUAUCCUUGUGUUUACAUAGGGAAAGGAAAACACAUCAUCACUCUACCCUAAAGGAUCAGUGUUCUAAAAGCAUCUUCCCUAAGACACACACACUGGAAAAUAUGCUUAAGCAUUAAUAAAGCCCUUUCUAUAAAGGACAUUUUUUUUGUCCUGGCAGUUUUAAAUUCAGAAACAAAUCCAAUGUUAGCAGUAUGUGAUUGCUACAUUUUCGUUUUUGAACUUAGUCUUUUUAUGUUCAGAUGUUGUCACAUCUAUAAUUAAAGCAUUAAAACAUUAUAAUUAUAGCCCCUUUAAUGGAAAAGUAUGAUGAACAAUUUUCAGUGCUGUACAGUUUUUUAAGAUUUUAGAUAGCAAUAGUAUUAAGAUGUAAUCUACUAGGAACAUUUGUUCAACAUGUAAACUAAAGAAUUAAGUUCACAAAGUUAUACAAUUUAGUAACUCUUGAAAUUUUUAUAGCUUUUUUCUAUUGGAAAAUUUUUAGUUAAAUAUAUAUGCCACCCAUACACUGGCUAACUUCCAAAGUGAAUGAAUACAGGUUGUCCACGUGUAAAAUUUGUCUAUUAAAAUUCCUUUUUGGUGGAUUGGGGCUUAAACUCUUAGAUCUUUAUUUCUAUUCACUUUCAAUGCUGCCAAAGAUCAGUACUUACCAUUCAGGAAUUUACUGUUUAGCCUACUUUUAUGUAAACUGCUAUUUUAAAAUAUAUUUUUCUAAAUGUGAAAAAGCUUAAGAUGCUCCAUUGGUCCUGUCAAUGUUUAACGUGUUAAUGGUCUAUGUACCGUAAUAUUCCCCUCCCCCCUUCAUGUUUCUGGAAAUGUUUGGUUUAAUAAGACAUAGGAAGACUCCUAAUACCAAUAUUCUAUGUCCCGUACCUUGUAAAUAUUAAAAACAGAACUGGCUGAAUUAUAUCUCAGAAAGCCUAGCCAGCGAUUGAACCUGAUCAGUUUUAAAGCUCUGAUUAGUUGGUGUCUGAAGGAUUAAGGCAUUAAGAAACUUGAAAUGUAAAAGAUGUUACUUUUUCAUUCACAUUAAUGAAUUAUCUAAAAUGAAGCCAAAGUUGAGAUCACACUACUUCUAUUCAUGUAUAUAGGUUCAGUCAGUACAUUAGGGGGGGAAAAAAAAUCCCCUGAAGUACUUUUCCCUGUCCCCUCCAUUUUUGAGCUGGUUACAGUUACAGAUUCCUUCCUGGGUCAAGUCUGCCAGCUCUUGGUUAACGAAAAAUUCCGUUUCCAUUGUAGCUCAAGUAGACAGUCUAGCUUUGAGUAAACGAGGGUGUAGCUGCUCCCGUUGCAUUUGUUCUCCCAGUUGGCCAACUUGUAAGCCAGCCUUAAUCACCACUGUCAACUCCACAACUAAAGCUCAUGUUGCUUUUAAGUGGUCAGCCCACAACUAUAUUGCUUAUACCAACCAUUUACUGCGGGAAGGUGAGUACAUGUGAUAGGCCAUACAGAAUCUUUUUUUUUUUUAACCCACAGAAUUAUUUGUGUGGUGUUCAACUAAGCUCCAAACUCUGUUACCUGAGACCUCCUGGCACUUAGUCUGUCUCAGUACACAAAUGCAUGCCAAAGCACAGUGUGCACUCUGGUGCCACUCACUGUGGACAGCCAGCACUUAGGUUCCCUUUUGUGACCCUGUUGAUGGUGGUAGAGUUUACAUCAUCGACCUUAGCUUGCCCAUGCCUCAGCAACUGAAAAAUAAGACUAAACUUAUCAAUGUGUUUUAGGCAGUGUCUAUUAAAUAGCAAAAGAAAAAGACUUUAGCAUGUUAUUUCCUUGUAAAAUGGGCAAACUAAACUUAACCCCUUGUUUUCCACCUUUUCACAGAAUUAUGAGAUAUAUAUCAUUUAUAAAUGAGAAUAUAUUACUACUUAUAAAUGAUACUGUUUAAAAAUCUGGAAUACAAUUUUCUCCCACAAGAGAUGUAAAAACAUCUCACAUACCAUCGGAAUGAACACAUGCCUUAAAUUCAAUGUUGUACACUUUUAGAAUGAAGUGGAAUUGUCAUUUCACCCAGGCCUACACCCAUGAGUUUUAUGUUCUUCACUGUACUUUUUCUAAUGUUUCAAGUCUUACCUGGUUAAUUCUUCUCCCAAUGGAAAAACAAUGUCCACAAAACACUGGCCUGUUGGUUUCACGUUCUUAAACCUGGGCUUUUACAAAACAUUUUAUUUCCCUUGGGUAUGACUAACCAAGACAAUGAACUUGCUUUGAAGUUUAAUUUGGUCCUCAAUGUCUUAAGUCUUUAUUUUCCCUAUUGCAUUAAUUCGCUCUAUUCUAACAAACUUUUAGCUUUUUUAAAAAAAAAAUCUAUAAUCAAGUCUUUAUGAUUAGUGAUGUUACUUAAUUCUAAAGCAUUUGACACUUCUUGCCUUAAUUGUAAAAACCACAGAGAACUCAAUAGUCCAAAAGCUUAGUCCUAAUUUGCAGUUUACCCAUCUGAUCUCUGUAAUUAUAUAGUCUGCUAUUUAAAACAUACUAAUUUUUACAUUAAAAAAUUAUG